AUGCUAAUUCCGGUAUCAGACUAUAACGUUCCCACUCGCUAUCAAGCUUCGACUGCCAGCGAAUUCCAGGAGCUACUCAUGACUCGUGACGGCAUGUCGGAGGACAUUGCAUUGGACUUCACUGAGCAGUUGCUGAUUUUCGAAAGCUGCGGAAAUGUCUACGCACGCGAGGAGUUCGUGCAAGCUAAGGAUGUAAGUCAAUAA